GGAGCUGGCAAUUCGAAUGCCCUCAACGCCAACGACCAAUUUCUACAUUCGUUUUGAAUCAUCCAUAUCUUCUGUUUUACUCUUCAAUUAGACUUCCCCUCUAGAUUUCCAAUAGUACCUUCAGCGGCUCAUUUCGGAUACCCUUGUCAGCAGCAGAUCAUUCGCACCUGAGUCCUUCUGUUGACGUCACUGGGGACGGGACUUUCUAGCGCUCAACACCACCGACACUGGCCAGAAUGCUCAGCUGUCGGGCAGCUCGACAGGCUGGCAAUCUGGGAUCCCGGACAGCGAACCCUACUGCCAAGAUACGGUGGCACAAAACUCAGGCUCAUCCUUUGUUCACGAGGACGUCUAGAUCAUGGCCAAUUGCACAGCGAACCCCAGGCGCAAUUGGGUUACCGUCAACGAGAUUCCCUCCAAGUCCCGCGAGAAUAACGCCCGUGCGCCAAUUGUCCGGAGAGCCACUUCCACAACGAAAGACGAGAUUCUUAAACUUUGGGUAUCGUCUUGCAGCAGUGUUUGGCAGCUCGGUACUGCUCCUCGGCCUGGGAGUGGUUGGUUUCUUCAUCUAUGAUGCGUCAACCUAUGCCUCGCACGCCAACCAGGCCGACAUUAACAUCUCCCGGGUCGCGCUCAGCCCCCGACGCGGUGGUCCCAAGAACCUUCCAAUAUUGGAGGUCUACCUCGACGAUGAAGACAGCGAGGAGAUGCGGAGACAAAAGGACAAGCCCCGGCUGGUGAUCCUGGGCGGCGGCUGGGGCGGCGUCUCGCUUUUGAAGGAGCUCAACCCCGAAAACUACCACGUCACGGUGGUGUCUCCGACGAAUUAUUUUCUCUUCACCCCGAUGUUGCCGUCUGCGACGGUGGGGACUCUCGGGCUAAGGUCGCUGGUCGAGCCGAUCAGAAGAAUAAUACAUGGAAUUGGAGGACACUUCCUCCGUGCCCGUGCCGAGGACAUCGACUUCUCGUCGCGCCUGGUUGAGGUGUCUCAAGAAGAUUGCAAUGGUGUCGAACACAGGUUCUAUGUCCCAUAUGACAAGCUGGUGAUUGCUGUUGGGUCGGUCACAAACCCGCACGGCGUAAAGGGUUUGAACCACUGCCAUUUUCUCAAGGACAUUAAUGAUGCGCGGGAAAUUCGCAACAAGGUCAUCCAGAAUCUAGAACUCGCCUGCCUGCCGACUACGACCGACGACGAGCGGAAGCGGCUGCUCUCGUUUGUUGUGUGUGGCGGCGGGCCCACUGGCGUCGAGUUCGCUGCCGAGCUUUACGAUCUCCUGAACGAGGACCUCAUCCAGCUCUUCCCACGGCUCCUGCGGAAUGAGAUAUCGGUUCACCUAAUACAGAGCCGAGACCAUAUUCUCAACACUUAUGACGAGACGUUGUCCAAGUAUGCCGAGGACCGCUUCGCGCGGGAUCAGGUGGAUGUUUUGACAAAUUCUCGCGUGAGCGAGGUCCGCCCCGACUCGAUCGUCUUCACCCAGAAAGCAGAGGAUGGCAGCAUAAUCACCAAGGAGCUCCCCAUGGGAUUCUGUCUCUGGUCGACAGGUGUCUCUCAGACCGAGUUCUGCAAGCGCAUUUCCAAGAAGCUCGGCAGCGCGCAAACCAACCGCCACGCGCUUGAGACAGACACUCACCUCCGCCUCAACGGCACUCCGCUGGGCGACGUCUACGCCAUCGGUGACUGCGCCACGGUGCAGAACAACGUGGCCGACCACAUCGUCACCUUCGUGCGCAGCCUCGCAUGGAAGCACGGUGCGGACCCGGAGAACCUGCAGCUGCACUUCUCGGAUUGGCGCAGCGUCGCCGAGCAGGUCAAGAAGCGCUUCCCGCAGGCCAUCGGCCACCUCAAGCGCCUCGACAAGCUCUUCGCCGAGUACGACCGCGACCAGUCGGGCACCCUCGACUUUGGCGAGCUCCGCGAGCUGCUCAAGCAGAUCGACAGCAAGCUGACCAGUCUCCCCGCCACCGCUCAGCGCGCCCACCAACAGGGGACCUACCUCGCCCACAAGUUCAACAAGCUGGCCCGCGCCGCGCCCGGCUUGCAGGCCAACGAUAUCGUCGAGGGCGAUUUGGACGCAGCUGUGUACAAGGCGUUUGAGUACAAGCACCUGGGCAGCCUGGCGUACAUUGGCAACUCAGCCGUAUUUGACCUCGGCCCAGGAAGGAGCCUCGCCGGCGGCCUGUGGGCCGUGUACGCGUGGCGCAGUAUCUACUUUGCCCAGAGCGUCACUUUCCGGACAAGGGUGUUGAUGGCUAUGGAUUGGGCCAAGAGGGCCCUCUUUGGGAGAGAUUUGAUGAGCUAUUGAGUCUUCUUCGCGUUGUAAUUGUUUAGAGCUGUCCGGGUGCCUGCAUUGGCGUUCUGUCGUCGGCUCCCGGGGAAGCGAUGUUAGCGAUCAUGGACGGAUUAUUUACCCUGGUAGGGGUGUAGUACUGCCGGUUGCACCAUUAUUGAGGUGGUUGACAAGAGCGUCGAGUUUGCUUCCAGGUUGGUGUUAUGUUGUUGUCCAAGAUCUGGUAAAGACUCGGUGUAGUAGGUAUAGAGAUGCAUUCUAAUACAACGCAAAAGGCUUCUAAAGCCGGAUUUUCCAUG